AUGGCCCGAGGUGGCAAAGGCACCAGGCCGCAGGGCAGUCAGAGCACGGUGGGUGCCGAGCCACCCCCUGGAGAGGACACCCAGGGGCCCACGGAAAGCCAGAGCCUCACCAGCACCGUGCAGGUUGCCCCCCGGGAGACCAGGAGCCAAAAAGCCCAGGAGCAACGGGUAAGGGCAGGGGUGGAGGACCCGUCUCAAGACUUUGGCUUCUCGGUCAACCGGUGCUCCAGACGCCUGAGCCCCAACCUCAGCAUCCGCUUCGGGAUCGUGCUGAGAGAGGACAUCAGGGAGCUGUUCCUGGAGCUGGCCCUGUCCUCCAAGGGCGAGAACAUCUUGACCUUGUCCUACCCCAUCUGUGAGGAGGACCUGCCCCAGUUCUCCUUCUGCGGCCGCAGGAAAGGGGAGCAGAUCUACUACGCCGGCCCCGUGGGCAACCCCUACUUUGAGGUCCCCAAGGGCGAGUACGAGGUGCUGCUGCGGCUGCAUGACCGGGCCGGCGCCGAGGUGGCCUGCGCCAACGGCACGGUCCUCGGGCUCUGAGCCGGCCCCGCCGGGGCAGCCGCUGACCGCAGGGGUGGCCGUGCGCUCGCCCAGGGGCCGCUGGGGCCGGGCUCCCGCCCCCUCGCAGACAUCACACGCCCCAAGGCGAGCAGCGUAGGGAGGCCGGGGGGUCACGGGCAGGGGCGGGGCUGCGGCCUCCUGGGGCCCCACUGGACGGUCCUGCGGUCCGCUGGCCGAGCCAUGGCCAGGGAGACCUCAGGCCAGGCCGAGGGCCGGGAGACUCGUCUUCUUGACAUAAACGGUGU